GAUGGAGCGGGCGGCGCGGGCGGCGUAGCCCAGCGCGCACGGGGGGGCCGCGGGCAGCGCCGCGCCCGCCGCCGCCGCGGGGCGAGGGCUCCCCGGCCGCCCCCGCCCGGCCAGCCCGCUCCCUGGAACCGGGGGCUGCUGGGGUUGUAUCCAAGGCCUCCCCCUCCCCCGCGUACACACUCACACACACAGACACACGCACACACACUCACACUCACUCACACACACACACCCCAUCUCCUCCUGCCGCCGCCGCCGCCGGAGAGAUCGGGGAUCGCCCGCGGCCCGGCCCCGCUCCCGGCUGCGCCCCGCGCCCGGGCGCAUCGCUCCCCGCGGGGGCUCGCCCGGCUGCCCCCGGGGCGGCGUGCGGGAGGGCGGGGGGACACACGGCGGCUCCCGCGGCGGCUCCCGAUGGCUCGUCCGCGGCCCCGAGAAUACAAGGCUGGAGACCUGGUGUUCGCCAAAAUGAAGGGGUACCCGCACUGGCCGGCCCGGAUUGAUGAACUUCCUGAAGGAGCUGUGAAGCCUCCAGCAAAUAAAUAUCCCAUCUUCUUUUUUGGGACUCAUGAAACUGCGUUCCUGGGGCCCAAAGACCUUUUCCCGUAUAAAGAAUACAAAGAUAAGUUUGGGAAAUCAAACAAGCGAAAAGGAUUUAAUGAAGGCCUGUGGGAAAUAGAAAACAACCCUGGAGUAAAGUUUACUGGAUAUCAGGCAAUUCAGCAACAGAGCUCAUCAGAAACUGAAGGAGAGGGAGGAAAUACAGCAGAUGCCAGCAGUGAGGAGGAAGGUGAUCGGGUAGAAGAGGAUGGAAAAGGAAAAAGAAAGAAUGAAAAAGCUGGCUCAAAACGGAAAAAAUCCUACACUUCAAAGAAAUCCUCCAAGCAGUCACGAAAAUCUCCUGGAGAUGAAGAUGAUAAGGACUGCAAAGAGGAAGAAAAUAAGAGUAGCUCUGAUGCUGGGGACGCAGGCAAUGACACAAGAAACACUUCUUCAGAUUUGCAGAAAACCAGUGAAGGGACUUAACCAACAUAAUGACUGCUGAAUAUUAAGGGAAAACACAAGAAGGUUACAUGUUUGGUUGUCUAAUAUUCUUGGAUUUGAUAUGAGUCACCACAUCUGUUCAUUAGUACCAUCAACAGCAUCCCAGUUUGUAUGCACAUUAUUCACAUUCCUAUCUGUUGUGUUUGCAGAAAUGACAUUUUUACCCUUUUUUCUAAGGGUUACUUUUUGAUUUUCAUAUUAUUUGGUUGCAUGAAGUUGCCCUUUUCCAGUGGCUGAGGUUUAUGAAGAUAUCGCAUACUUGAAUAUGUUUUAGAUUCCUUUUCUAGACAGAAAAGGCAUAAUUCCAAAUUAUAUCAUUCUAAAUCAACAUUUUUUAAAUACAACUAAAUCUUAGAAAUGAGUCCCCUCCAUACAAUGCUACAAUUAUCUUCCACAUACAAACAUAAUUUUAAAUUUUCCUAUAUCCAUUCUCUCUUGGGUUUUGAUCAGUUUACAACAUAAAAGAAAAAUUAUUCUUCAGUUGAAAUCACCGCCAAGUUCAAUAAUGUAAUAAAAUACCUUUCCUUAUUAGAAGUACCUAGCUAGUUAUACUCUUAAUACUUCUCCAAACCAUGAUGUAAUGUACACUAUCUGACUUAGUUCCUAUAUGUGGAGUUAGUGAAAGUCUUUUUGUGUUUCUUUAGAUUAAUACAAGGAUUUUUCCAAUGCCAACACAAUUUGAAAUCAUUCAUUUGGAUGCUUUCCAUUUUUAAGCUUACUGUGAUAUACAGCCCUAUGGGAAACCAAAACAAAACAUCAAUUUUAAAGAAUGAAAGGCUUAAAAAAGGAUGCUGUCAUUCUGGCUUUUUUUUUUCCUUUUGGAAAUAGAACUAGACUAGUAAGUAAGCAUUCCAAAUCCAUUACUCUGUGUACAUUAUUGUUGCUAUUGUGAUAAUAGAGAUUUUUAUUUAUUUUUAUGCCAGCUUUUAUUGUGAAAACAUAUUUAGUCUGGUUUUAUCAAUCCUUGUUAUGCUUGUCCUUGGAACAUCUUUUGCGUAUUCAAGGUUUGUAGUUGAUGAGUUUACUGUAAAAAACUAAAAAAAAAAAAAAAAAAACAAAAAAAACACAAGGGAAAAAAAACUAAAAAAAACCACCAAAACAAAACAAAAAGGAAACAAAAAAAAUGUAUUGUUUUUACAGAAUAAAUUUAUUGGAAUGUGUAUUGGGAGUAAGGUUUGAGGUUGUAAGCAACUAAGUUAGCGUCAUAUUUGGCUUCAUACGUGUAAUAAUGUGAGGUAUUAAUGUAAGUCAAGUAUUAAAGCAAAACAUUCUGUUAACAUGAGUUGACCAUAAUAGAUACAAGUGCAGGUGAGAUCUUUAUUUUUUCUGUACUUUGCCUUUUCUGGAUAACAGGAGGUCAUUAAAUUCACCUUGAAUGUA